GUAGCCCUUGCUUGAGAGGAUCCUUGAAAACUCCCAAAACCUCUCCUUUCUCUCUCCAUAUAUAAACACAUUUCACCAUCUUCCCAUCAAAAAUUGUUAGGUCAAAUUACAAUACCAAAAUUCAGUGUCUCUCUCCUCGCCCCACCCCUCUCUACACAACUCUCCCUCCACAACAGAGCGACGUAAGAGAGGAGCAUAAAUAAUAUCAAACAUAGGAAAGAAGGCGAUAUGAGCAAUAGCAGCGGCGGCGGCGGGGCUGCUAGGGUCACGAUCCCGGAGAGCGUACGGAAAACGAUACAAAGCAUUAGGGAGAUCACAGGAAAACAACACAGCGAUGAAGAUAUCUACUCUGUUCUUACAGACUGCUCCAUGGAUCCCAACGAUACCGCCCAAAAGCUUCUUUAUUUAGAUACAUUUCAUGAGGUCAAAAGAAAACGUGAGCGGAAAAAGGAGAUGCCAGGCACCCAAGGUAGAGGAGCUAGGGGUGGUCGAGGAAACCAUUCUGCAAAUCAUGCAUAUCCUGAUGCAGUGGGUGUAAGGAAUGCAGCUCCUCGAAGGGAAAAUGGAGCCACUCACAUGACAGAGAGGGCUCCUUCAACAGCUGGGCAGAAAACAAAUAAUAAGGCAGUCACUGAGAUAAAAGCUUCAACUGUCACACCUAACGGUCCUUCAAGUUUACCCAAUGGUGGCUCUUCUCUUGGACAUAGCCCAGAAUCACCUGCCCGUGGAGUUGUCCAUUCCACUAAAGAUGGCUCAGAUAUUGAUAAAAAGAAGCCAGGCACUGCACUGCUCCCUACUCCAUCAUCACCUGCAACUAAUCAGAUAUCUGAGCAUAUGAUUCAAGUUCAGCAAGGAAAGCCCGCAUCAAGUUCAAAUGACCAACCAACUUCUACCAUUUCAGCAUCUGUACCUGGUGUUUAUUCCUCUGCUUCAGACCCUGUAUUGGCACCAACUAUGACUUGGAUUUCUGGUACAAUUGGUGCAAUUAAACAGGAAGUAGGAAGCCAGCAAAGAGCUGCAGGAUCAAAUCAAAUUCAAGGAAAUAACCUUGUUUCCGACGAUGUUGGAUCAGAGUUGCCCAAGAAUGAAAUAUCGGCUUCUACAAUUAUUCACUCUGUGAUCAAAAGAAAGGUACCAGGCAAAUCCGCAAAUGAAAAGCCGGAGUCAUCAGAAACUCUGCAGCCUUCUUUGCCAGCAGAUGACACUUCUUUGGCUGUUGGGUCUUCUAGUUCAUCACAAGAUUCAGAUAUCCCUUCAAAAGCAGUCUCAUCUGAGGAUGCGCACACUGAUGACAGUUCUUGCUUGUUGCCUGUACAAACUGUCACCAAUGGACAUGUUACAUUUCCAAAUCACUUCAAGGUACCUGAAGCUUUAAAGAGUGGGUUGACUUUUGGAAGCUUUGAUGUUAAUUCUGGACCGGGAACAAAAAAUUGCAAUGGUAAUAGCUGUGACAUUAACUCUACACAUGCUACUGAAUCAUCUCAUGGGACUGAUGAAACUGCUAGAGAAACUUCGUCUAGCAAUCAAAGUAUUUCUUCAACUGUAUUAGUGGAUCAUCCUGAUCAACUAGAAUCUCCUGAACAAGUGUUUGAAAACGCAACAAAGUCAGAAGGCAUUGCUACUUCUGAUGCAGACCCAAAAAGUAAUAAAGCAUCACAAGAAAUGAUGCUACUUCCAGAAGGCCAACAGAACUCUGUGGUUCAAAUUGCUCCAAGCUAUGGGUUUGGGAUCGUGUCAACCGUGCCAGGGGGUCAACUUGUACAGAUCGAAGGAUAUGAAAGUCAGACACAGGAUGUCUCUUGUCUUUCAGGCUUUGUUAGUGAAAAUCCUAUGGCUUCAUCAAUUCCAAGUCCUAGUCCAAGUCCACCAGUACAGAACUCUGUAGCUGUUUCUCCACAGCCAAUGGUCUUCAGGCCACCUUAUCCUCCUAGCUAUUUCCCGUAUGGGCAUUUCUUUAACCCUUAUUUUAUACCGCCUAUGCAUCAAUUCUUGAGCCACAAUGGACUGGCUCAACAGCCAUCAACUGGCAAUGCAUAUCUUACACCUACUGCAACUGCACCUGCACCUGGUGUUAAAUUCCCUUUCCAACAAUUCAAGCCAGGAACUAGUACUGGAAAUCCGACUCCUAUUGGAAUGCAGCCCAUAUAUGGUUCAUAUGGUUCCUCCCCUGUUAGUUUCAAUCCUGUUCCAGCUGUGACCUCUGGGAGCCCUGCCAGCAAUGAGGAUGUAUCAGCAUCUCAGUUGAAGGAAAGCCAAAUCUACACGACAGGACCAUUGAAUGACGGUUCAGCCUGGAUUUCUCCACCAGGGCAAGAGUUAUCCAGCUUGCAUCUUAAUUCUUUGUACCACAUCACCCCUCAAGGACAGCAUCUUGCUUUCUCCCCUGCGCAGGCUGGUCAUGGCCCAUUCCCUGGAAUUUAUCCACCAGUGCAGGCAAUAGCUGCUGCUCCUUCAACUGUGAAUCCACAUCUGCAACAACCUCAGGCUGUUUCAGCAGCUGUUGAAACUUCAGCACACCCAUCCAGUGCUUAUCAACAAACUCAUCUCGGACAAAUCAACUGGAACUCUUAUUAAGCCAACAAAAAGUAAAAUAGAUAACAAGGUUAAAAUCUCAGUGUUGUGGAAACGAUUGGCCAGAUAUUUGAGUGUAAAUAUAAAGUGCCGCCAGAGACUUUAGGUUAAUACAAUAGGUGGGAUACAAAAUGCUGACAUUUAAGUUACAGAACAGAAUGAUAGGUGCAGGUUUUUGUUGUUCAGCUUUGACUUAGUUAUUUUUCUCCCCACCUUUUCCUAGUAUGUUUUAUCUUUGACAGUGGGACUUCUAUGGAAUCCUAAUAGGAAUUUGAAAGGUUGAGUGAGAGUAGGUGAGAUUUAGCAAAUUUUUCCAGUCAGAUGUCUCACCUGUAAAUUAAAUUUUGGGAACAGUCAUUUUAUACAACUGUAAUUGGUAUAAUUUUUAGAAUUGGCAGUUUUAAUUAAUUGGUGCAAUCACUUCUACA